AUGGACAAGCGGACCAAUAUCCGUAACAUGUCUGUCAUUGCUCACGUCGACCACGGCAAGAGUACUUUGACUGACUCUCUUGUUGGCCACGCUGGUAUUAUUGCCUCCCAAAAAGUUGGUGAUGCUCGUUACACUGAUACUCGAGCUGAUGAACAAGAACGUGGUAUCACCAUUAAGUCUACCGCUAUUUCCAUGUUCUUUGAGCUCCCUGAAGAAGAUGUCGGCGAUGUCAAACAAAAGACUGAAGGUCGUGAGUUCUUGAUCAACUUAAUUGACUCACCCGGACACGUUGACUUCUCAUCUGAAGUCACUGCUGCUUUACGUGUCACUGAUGGUGCUUUGGUCGUCGUCGACACUGUAGAAGGUGUUUGUGUGCAAACAGAAACUGUAUUGCGACAAGCUCUAGCAGAAAGAAUCAAACCCGUAUUGGUCAUCAACAAAGUCGAUCGAGCUCUAUUAGAAUUGCAAUUGACGAAGGAAGACUUGUACAACAACUUCACCCGUUGUGUUGAAAACGUCAACGUCAUCAUCGCUACAUAUAACGACAAAGUCUUGGGUGACGUCCAAGUCUACCCAGAAAAGGGUACCGUCGCUUUCGGUUCCGGUCUUCACGGCUGGGCCUUCACUCUACGUCAAUUCGCUGCCAGAUACGCCAAGAAGUUUGGUGCUGACAAGGACAAGAUGAUGGCUCGAUUAUGGGGUGAUAACUACUUCAACCCUGCUACAAAGAAAUGGACUACCAAAGGUCAAGAUGAAUCUGGAAAACAAUUGGAGCGUGCCUUCAAUAUGUUUAUCCUUGAUCCCAUCUUCAAGCUCUUUGAUGCCAUAAUGAACUUUAAAAAGGACGAAGUCCCCAAGAUGUUGGAAAAGCUCAACAUUGUACUCAAGUCUGAAGAGAAGGAUUUGGAAGGAAAGGCCUUACUGAAGCUCGUCAUGAAGAAGUUCUUGCCAGCUGCUGAGGCAUUAUUGGAGAUGAUAGUCAUCCACUUGCCAUCUCCAGUUACUGCUCAGGCAUACCGUUGCGAGACCUUGUACGAAGGUCCAAUGGAUGAUGAAAACGCCCAAGGUAUCCGUGAGUGUGAUCCCAAGGGACCACUGAUGUUAUAUAUAUCGAAGAUGGUGCCAACUUCCGAUAAAGGUCGAUUCUACGCUUUCGGUCGUGUCUUCUCUGGAACAGUAAAGGCUGGCUUGAAGGUCCGUAUCCAAGGUCCAAACUACACUCCAGGAAAGAAGGAUGAUCUCUUUGUAAAGAAUGUGCAACGAACUGUACUCAUGAUGGGUAGAUUCGUCGAAGCCAUUGAAGACUGUCCAGCUGGUAACAUUAUUGGUUUGGUCGGUAUUGAUCAAUUCUUGCUCAAAUCUGGUACCAUCUCCACCUCGGAAACUGCUCACAACUUGCGAGUUAUGAAGUUCUCCGUAUCACCUGUAGUGCAGGUAGCCGUAGAUGUAAAGAACCCCAACGACUUGCCAAAACUUGUAGAAGGUCUUAAACGUCUAUCAAAGUCAGAUCCCUGUGUACAGUGCUUUACUUCCGACUCUGGUGAACAUAUUGUCGCUGGUGCUGGUGAAUUACACUUGGAAAUUUGUCUAAAGGACUUGGAAGAAGAUCACGCAGGUGUACCAAUAAAAACAGGAGACCCAGUAGUACCAUUCUGUGAAACCGUACAAGUCGAAUCCACUAUGGUCUGUCUAUCAAAGUCACCCAACAAACACAACCGUAUCUUUAUGAAGGCUCUACCCUUACAAGAAGAGUUGGCCCAAGUCAUCGAAUCUGGUAAAAUCGGCCCUCGUGAUGAUUUCAAGUUACGUGCUCGUGUUUUAGCUGACGAAUAUGGUUGGGACGUCACUGAUGCACGUAAGAUUUGGUGCUUUGGUCCAGAUACCUCAGGUCCAAACUUGUUGGUUGAUGUGACCAAGGCUGUGCAAUACUUGAACGAAAUUAAGGAUUCUUGUGUUGCUGCCUUCCAAUGGGCUACCAAGGAAGGUUGUCUGGCUGAAGAAAACAUGCGUGGUAUUCGAUUCAACGUUAUUGAUGUUACCUUGCAUACUGAUGCCAUCCAUCGAGGUGGUGGACAAAUCAUCCCAACAUGUCGUCGUGUCAUCUAUGCUUCCGUCUUAACUGCCAACCCAAGUUUGAUGGAACCAGUAUACCUAUGCGAAAUCCAAUGUCCAGAAUCUGCUAUGGGUGGUAUCUAUGGUGUACUCAAUCGUCGUCGUGGUCACGUCUUUGCCGAAGAACAAAGAAUCGGUACUCCACUAUACAACAUCAAGGCCUACUUGCCAGUUAUGGAAUCAUUUGGUUUCACUGCUGACUUGCGUGCCAACACUGGUGGCCAAGCUUUCCCACAGUGUGUGUUCGAUCACUGGCAAUUACUCAACGGCUCGCCAUUGGAGAAGGGUAGCAAGGUUGAAGAAAUCGUCCUCAAUGUCCGUAAACGCAAGGGAUUGACCCCUGAAAUUCCACCCUUGGACCGAUACUAUGACAAGUUGUAG